AUGGCAGCUCACCCUGGAGAUUCCCUAGACCUGAGUGUGCCACUGGAGUUCGAGCCCGUGAUCCCGGCCCAGAACUCGAAAUUCUACAGCGUCGACGACGCAAAACGCAAUCGUGCCGAGGCAAGAAUAGCGUCCAAAUCGCUCUCUGUCAAAAAUGGCAUCUGCUCCAUCUGCCAUGACAUGCUCUCAGAUAAUCACUGGCGGGUCUCACAAUCGCCCGUCGAGCCCACGAAAUUCCUGUAUCAUGGCAGCAACGCGUUUGCCAUAGCCGCUUCCACGCGAGCAGGCUGUGGCGUGUGUAAGCUCCUCCGACAGACGUUGAUAGAGCGCAAACUGUUCGGGUCCGUGGUCGAUCGGAGUGGGCAGCUGUAUUUGCAUUUGGAGCCGUGGGAAGAAGGGGGUUUAAGGAAGUGCUACUUAGCUUGGUCAAUAUAUGCGCGCCAGCCUAGUCUGAUGACGAUGGAGCCCUUGACGUUGUUUGCGAUACCAAGGUCCCAGCCCUUGCCAUUGGGGGAGGAGGGCUCUCACGAGAGGGAAGAUGAUGAGGGAGACGUGCAGGUUAAUUACCCGCCAAUACUCCCUGGCAAUAAUAGGGAGGCGCUCUGGUUGGCUAAGUCAUGGAUGGAUCGCUGUGAAGCCAGCCACGAGCUGUGUCGCGCACAGCGGAAGAAGUAUUCAACGACGCCGCCAACACGGCUUAUUUCAGUCUCUGGCAAUGCAGUUAAGCUAUACUUCAGUGCGGAUAUUGAAGGUCCCGUGAAAUAUGCCACGCUCAGCCACUGCUGGGGAAACCUCCAGAUCACCACAUUGGAAAGAGACAACGUCUCCCAAUUCCUAGUGGGAAUUCCAGAACAAGCGCUUUGCAAGACGUUCCAACACGCUAUCGAAAUCACUAGAUCCGUGGAUUUGCAGUACUUGUGGAUUGACUCUCUUUGUAUUAUCCAAGACGACCCUGAGGACUGGACUCACGAGGCAGCGAGAAUGAGUGCCGUUUAUGGCGGCUCGUUCUUCUCCAUUGCCGCAGCAAGCGCCACAGAUGGCAGCCAGGGCUGUUUCUUCGAUCGCGAUCCUCUCUAUGCCUCGCACCAACCUAUUGAUAUCCCGCUAGACGGAAGAGGGUCCCAGAAGUUCAUGCUUGCAAACGGGAGAAGUUUCGACAGAUGUGUAAGGAAUGCCGCGCUCUCAACGAGAGCUUGGGUGUUGCAGGAACGUCUGCUCGCGCCACGGACUGUGCAUUUUAGCUCUGCGGAAAUCUUCUGGGAAUGUAAGGAGGUUAAUGCUUGCGAGUCAUAUCCAAAUGGCCUCCCUAGCUUCCUGGACUACACCCCAGACUUCGAUACGCAGAUUGACAGGCUAGACAAGGCGUCAUUGCCGCUCUGGGAAUCUGUCGUACAACUAUAUUCGGGGUGCUUCCUAACAUUCGGAAAGGACAAGCUGCCCGCGUUGAUGGGAAUAGCGGAGAUGUUUGAGGAGCAAAUCGGAGAUACGUAUCUAGCUGGUAUGUGGCGGCGGGAAUUGGAACACCACUUGACGUGGAGGAUAUGGCAUAGGCCUGGGGCCAAUUUACCAUGGCUGCCACGGCCAAAUCCGCCGAGGGCGCCGUCUUGGUCAUGGGCUGCCAUCGAUUUUCAAAUUCUCAUGCCAGACUUUUAUCGCAAGGCUGACCCGCAACAGAUCUCGUGGUAUGCCCCCGUGGCUGACGCUCAAGCUUCGGUGAAGGAUCGAGCAGGCACAGUUUGGGAAGGGGUGCUGACUUUGAACUGUCGGACAAUUCUCUAUGGUUCAGGUGUAUGGAACAAUGGUCAGACUGCGCUGUGGAUAGGGAGAGAUGGUUCAGGCAAUCUGCCAAAAAUCGGUCGGUUCGAUAACGGGUGGUCAUACGGCUCUCCAGAAACGUGCCCACAAAGCCUUCAUGCUGAGUCGCGCUUCGACACUGUUCAGGAUAUCGGCGGAGUGGGGCAGAUACCGCAUCCCCAUUAUAUGCUACCAAUAUGCUCCGGCACAACCCGCGAAGGAGGUAGGUUCGCCGAGGGACUGAUAGUGAAGCAGACUGGGCAAAAGCAUGGAGAGUAUCAGAGGAUUGGAGCGUUUACCAUUGAGAAGGAUCUUUGGGUCACGCAGCUAGAAAGAUUGGUUGAAGCGAGCGAGAGUAUGCAAGAGGAUGAGAAUUUUCUUUAA